AUGCAAAAAAAGAUAAAUAUUGGUUCGUCCAGGGAAUAUGAUAAAAAUACCUUGUGGAAAUACAACAGACUCACCUCUUCUCCAGCAGACGACCCGAAUUUUUUCGCAAGGAAGGAAAUUCGCGGAGUUAAUUCAUCAACCUCAAUUUCUACUAUUGCAACAGCCACUUCAAUUUCUACUAUUGCAGCAGCCACUUCAAGUUCUACUAUUGCAGCAACAACAUCUCCAGUUACGGAGAUCGUAUCUACCAAUGAUACUAAACCAGACAAAGAUCCUGAUUCGACUUUCUUUCUUAUAAUUGGGUUAAUCGUUGGCAUUACGAUACUCGGAUGUAUCCUCGCGUGUUUAUAUCGUCGAAGAAAGAUACAAAAGGAGAAGGUGAACAGAUCAUUUAGAAGUGUGAGUGUUGGCACAGGAACAAUAACGAGGAGUCCCAAAAUUGAUGGAAAAAAAUCAAGCACAUCUUCAAUAAACAAGUACUACCCGGGAAACCCUAGUGUCACAAAUGGAGAAUGCGUUAACAUUGAUUUAAAGGAAGAAGCUUUAUUCAAAGAAAUGAAACUUCCGCCCACAUCCGCCCUACCAACGCCUCCGACGGAAGCGCGACUUCCAUAUGCCACCCAUUACAAGUCAAUGUCAUCCCCAAAUGUGAAUAUAUUUGAUGAUAAACAAAUAACAGCAAACCUUGAAAGAACGAAAUCCUUAGGCCGAAAUAUCCUAGAAUUUAAUUUCCCACCCCCUCCAAAACGCCCACCAAAUUUUUCUAUCCCACCUCAUGCAAUCACCGUAAACUCGGCGACUCCCGGUUCGGAAUGUCUAAUCUAUACGCCUACCACACCAAUAUUGAAUAAUUUUAAUGAUAAUGGUACUUCUGCGGAUGAUACUAAUCAUCUUGUGUCAUUACCUAAGGUCGAAAUGAUUAAUAAGAAUUUGAGCAUAAAUUUUGAACAAUUGAGUAUUUUCAAAGAUAGAACCAAAUCGGAUAAUGAAUAUCCGGUUGGUGUUGAGAAUGUUGGAGAUAGAGACAACAAGAAUCAAAUAAUAACCAAGAAAGAUGGGGAAAAUGACAUUCAGGUCCUAGUGAUAAAUAAUGAUGAUACG